CGAGUCCAAGUUCACCUCCGCCAUAGCAGUGUAUACUUUGUCCCACUGUGCUGUCGUGACGCGACGCCUUACCGACGCUCGGCGUCGUUUCCUAUUGUUGAGAAAAAACGAGGUAAUACUUUCAAAGUGAUAUAAAUCAUCGUGAUUACUGUGUAUUGUCGAAUUAUUGAGGAAUAUUCAGUGGUGUGAGAGUUAUUGAUAAAGAAGAAGGUGAACAAAAUAAUGGAGAACAGACCGGCGCCACUUCGUUCGAGGCGGGUUUGUCGAUUCUGCCUGACCGAGUCGGAGCCGUUGAACUUCAUAUACGAGAGGGAUCCCAACAAGCCCUUCCAAGUGCCACUUGCUCUACAGAUUAUGUCCUGCGUUGCCAUCGAGGUGUAUGCAGCGGACGGUAUGCCGCAGAUGAUCUGCACGAUGUGUCGUUGGAACCUGGACCGCAGCUACAAAUUCAAACAACAAUGUAAAAAAGCGGACGAGGCCCUUCGCGCCUAUCCAAUGACAGGGACCCUUCCCCGUCCCUUCCCCCCGAUAACCAAUGAAUCUCCCGAGGGUUCGAACAAACGUCCCGCAGAACAACGCUCGCAAUCUGAUCAAUCAAAAAAACCGCGUGUCGACAACGGCGACCGGGAUCGUCGCGAGCGCGCCGAAUCGCAAUCCCUCAAGUCCGAGCGUGAGCUCUACAAAGAAGAAGUCGAGCACGACAGUGAGGCUGACCAAGAGGCAGUUGGUGAUCAAGAAGAUCGCAAGUUAGAGCCAGGCGAGAUUCGCGUUCACGCCUGUGACCAGUGCGAGAGAACAUUUCCCCUUCGUCAAGCUCUGCAACUGCACAUCCAACGUGCACAUCGUGAUCGCAACUCCAAGUGCACCAUCUGCGAUCGUAUGUUCUUCUCCAAAUACGAUCUCCAGAAGCACAUGACAACCCACUCGACGGACAAACCGCACGUCUGCACGAUCUGCAAUAAAUCCUUCACACGUGCAAAUCUCCUGCAGCGUCACGAGAAGGUCCAUCGCGAGGACAUGCGUUAUCCGUGUCAGCACUGCGACCGUGAGUUCUUCACUCCGGAGGAGCUGGAGAAGCACGAGGACACGUCUCACAAGACAGCGAAGCCCUUCCAAUGCAAUAUCUGCACGAAACGUUUCACGUACAAGCAAGGGUUGGAGCGCCACGAGAUGUUGCACAAUGAGGACAAGUCCUUCACCUGCGAGUACUGCAAGGAGGCCUUCCGGACAAGCACAAAGCUUGCCCGCCAUCUGACAACGCACGCCGGCCAUCGUCCGUACGUCUGCAAGCUGUGCCCGAAGACCUUCCUCCUGUCGCACCACCUCACCAGACACAUGCGUUCACACUCAGUGGAGAAGCGCCAUGUUUGCGAAGAUUGUGGCAAAGCAUUCAAGCGAAAGGAGAGCCUUGAAGUUCACCAGCUGACGCACACCAAACGCUCGGGAAUGGGACUGACAUGCGACGUGUGCCAGGAGUCGUGUCGCAAUCGUGCGGAUUAUGUGACGCAUAUCAAGCAGCACAUCGAGGCAGGCGAGAAGAUGGGACCUGAUGGACUACAGCCAGACAUCAAGGACAAGCUGGAGAGUGAAUCAGAUGAAGAGGAGGAGGAGGAGCAAUACUCAGACGGGGAUGAUGAUUAUGAACCACCUGCUUACGUUGUCAAGAAACUGCCGAAGAAGGUGAAGCAACCGUCUGAGAGUGAUGAGGAAGCUGAGGUGGAGAAGGACGAGAGGAAGGAUCAAGUAGUUUUUGUUCGGGGUAAGGAUGGGACCAUUGUUAAGAAGACCAUCAAGACGCUGAUGCCGAUUCAGAGGCAAGAGACGAGGACAUCGCCGCGAACACCACAGGCUAAGGGGCAGGUGAAGCGAGAGGAUUCACCCAAAACUUCGAGGGGAAAUGAUGACACUGAAGCGGAAGUGCAGAAGAUCCUGGCAUCGGUUUUCAAGGAGCACAAGCUGCCGUUGAAGGGGGAGAACACGCAGGAGAAGGCGGAGAUGAUUCAUCGGCAGAUAAAGGAGGAGGUGAAGACCACUGAGGGACUCCCCAAAGUUAAUACUGUCAAGGUUAUCAAAAGGAUCGUUGUGAAGAAGCCAGGGGGAACGGAGACAACAACUACCACAGCUAAGGAGGUGAAGGAGCCUGAGGUUAAGACACCUGCUACACCUGGACCGAAGGUUACGAAACGAGUGAUUGUGAGAAGAAUCAUCAGACAAGGGGAUACCACUCGGGAGGUCAUCAUGAAUCCUGAUGGGACGAUAAUUGAUCCUGCUGAGCUGGCGAAAUUGCCAACGGGGAAUGUUGUUAAGAGAGUUGUUGUUAAGAAACCGAUGGAAAAGGUACAGAACCUGAUGCAGGUGGUUCAGAAUGCUGAAGCUAGAAACAUCGUUGCUGAGUCACCGAAAUUCGAAUUGAAGACAUCGCAGGCAUCGUCGAGUACUGCUGGUGAUAAACCUGUUGUUCAGAAGGUCGAGGUGACGAAGACAGUGACAAUUUCUAAGGACGAUCAGGAGACGAAGGAGAAGCUGGAGCAGUUGGAGAAGAGGGUCGAGGCCCAGCGAUUGAAGAUUGAGGAGCUGCAGGCGAGGAAACAACAGGAGUAUGAUCCAGCUGAUGAAAUGUCACUUCCAGAGAGACACGACUCUGAGGACGAACAGGAACUGCCUCUCAAGAGGGUCUUUGUUAAGAGGAACAAGAGUGUUUAUGAUGAAGAACAGGAGUACAAUGACAAUGACAAGGGGGAUGGCAAGGAGGGAACGGGGUCUGAUAAGGUUCAGGAUAAGGAGGUGAAGAAAAUAACCCACAUCAAGAUUGAGACGCCCUCGGAGGUGGAUGAGAUGAACAGGGAACUCACUAGCAUUCUCGAGUCGACUGAUAAUGUCGUGAAGAUGCAGGAGAGUGUACUGAGUAAUCUGACGGAAGUUUCGGGGAUGAGCGAGGGGGUUCAGGAGCCCGGGGAGGAAAAUGCUGAUAAGGCUGCUGAAGGAGAGCAGCCAGUGGAGAUGGCAGUGGACGAGCCGGUGAGGAGCCAGGUGGAAAUUAAAAUGGAACGACUGACUCAGGAAAGCGAUGGACAGUCUGCCGAGAUGGAGGUGGACCAGGCUGAGGAGCAGAUGGAGGGACAGGAACAGGUGCUCGAGGCCAAUCAGGAACAGACUCCCGGAGAGGCUACUGGGAUGUUUGAGACUACGGAGGGUGAUAGCGGGCAAAAGGACGGGGCACUCGAGGACUCGGUUGUCGCACUGUCUGAGACUAAUGAAACUAUCAAUCUUAAUGACACUAAUGAGAGCCAGGAUAGUUUGGAGAAUGAACUGCAGAAAAUUGCUGGGUGAGGUGGUGGGGGGCUCGAGAUUUUCGGCGAAAGAAUUGUGACGUUUAUUUGAAAAUCUUUGGGGGGUUUGGUUGAUGUUUAUUUGUUAUGAUUCUUUUGGGACGAGAUGUCGAGGAUCUGAAGCGGCUUUAGUGCAGGGUAAACAGGUGGAACGAAAAAUGUGAGAUUUGGAGGAGAGAAAAAUCGAGAUAAGUCACUUUUCACUAUCAAUCAGUUUUUAAUUAAUGUCUGGAAACCUGGAGCGAAAUUUUUAUUAGGAACUCUUAGUGGAGCUAAUUGGGUUCCUCAACACAUGUUGGUACAAAAAUUCCGCUAUCUCGCUUAGAUCUAGAAAUAUUGAUCAAAAACUGGACUGACAGCUGUGUCUACGUAUCUCGAUUUACAACUUCAUUUCUAAUUUAAUUAUUUGUUUGGAAAAUUUGAAAGAAAAUCAAGAAGUUUUUUUACUGUGAAAAAUAUUGAAAAAGUCGUACUUUUUUCUGACAAGCAUUCAUCAAAAUAUUGUAUACUUUUCAUUAGAGUUUGCAAUAACAAAAAGAGAUGAAUUUCAUAAUUUUAUAAAAUUACCGAGAAUAUUCAACGCAAUUAGAUUUUCUACUCAACAUUUUUUUUUAGGCAAAAUUAUAAAUAACCCAUAUGAUUCCCAAAUUAAUGUCAUAAUUUUUUUAUAAGAAAUCCUUUCACUGAAUUUCACGUGAACCUGGGGAAUUUGCAUUCACUUAGUCAAUACUUCAGGACAUUAAUUAUUUUUUAUGGAUAUUCUAUAGAUUCCAUUGAUCGUAGGUUAAUUGAAUCCAAAAAAUACGGGAUGCAUAUGAGUGUACGUUAUGCAUCUGGCUCUUCCUCGUGGCUAAACUCCUGAAUGUGGGGCACGUUUAGGGGGGAAAUUAGAGAUAGUUUUUCGAUUAUUUAGGGAUUUUGAUGAUUUUUAUGAGGCUCUUUCCGAAGGUAUGAGCGAUAUCUUGUAAAGACCGUUGUAGAGGUUUCUGUGGCAGUAAUGCAGACAAUUUUUCAUCAGUUCGUUAACAUUAAACAAUAGUUUUUAACUAGACAUUGGGACAUUAAGAGAUAAUUUAGGUAUUUUUUUUUUCAAAA